UAGUUUGUCGUCCUCGGCUUCUGCUCUGUUGCGUUGACUGCGUUUGGAAAGAUGGAGGACGAAGAACAAAACGGAGCGGUGUCUUUACCGAAAGGGGCUGCGGCGGUGAACAAAAUGAUCAGAGAAAACAGUGACAUCUUCUCUGACUCGCAUUGCAAAGUGUGCAGCGCUGUUCUCAUCUCAGAGUCACAGAAACUUGCACAUUAUCAGAGUAUGAAACAUGCAAAUAAAGUGCGCAGAUACAUGAGUAUCCACAAGGAUGAGGAACCUGUGGGGAAGAAGUUCAAACCACCAUCGCCUGACAAUGAUAGCAGUAAUGGGGAGGAGGAUCGAAUGAAGGCCUGCCCAGUUUGUAACAUGAAGUUCUCUUCCCCUGUAGUGGCUCAGUCCCACUACCAAGGCAAGGUUCACUCCAAAAACCUUAAGCUGAAAGAACAGGGCAUCCCUGAAAAAGUGUACCCCCAGUCGAAGACCGUCCCGAAAAAGCCCUCGCCUGUGAAUGCGCCCCCAGACGUUUCCGCGGGCAGUGACCCCGAGAAGUUCUGCUCCAUCUGCCAUGCCUCCUUCAACAACCCGCUGAUGUCCAAGCAGCACUACGUGGGCAAGAAGCACAAAAAGCAGAUGACCAAGGUGAAGCUCAUGGAGCACUAUGGGCCCUCCUCUGCACCUGCUUCCACAGUGAAAGGCUACCCGUGCUCAGUGUGUAACAUUGAGCUGAACUCCGUAGAGCAAUACCAGGCACACAUCAGCGGCUCCAAACACAAGAACAACGUGACAGGGAAGAAACAGGCUGCUUCCUUCGUUCGCCAGGCAGCCUCCUUCGUUCGCCAGGCAGCCGCCCCACCAGCGGAGCGCCAGUUCUUUCCAGAUUUCCAACCACGGCAGGAUGAAUACAGGGGCUAUGGGGGCUACAACCAGCAGUACCCCUGAAAACGCGCCCAGCGUUCCUCCUCCUCCUCCCCCCGGUUUUAGAGAGAGCACUGCUUCCUUUUUUUUUUUUUUAAUUCUCAAACGGGCGAGCUUCAGAGCGCUUGGACGUUGGCUCAGAUUAAGCUCCAUUUUAAACCAGAGAAUCCCUGGGUUUUAUUAAUUCUGUGUUUUAAGUUGUGGACUAGUUUGUGAAGUGGCGCUUGUGUCACAGUGCUCAUUGAAUUGUUUUAUACAUAUGGUCUGUCUUUACAAGAAAAAGGAGAAGGAAGCAUGUUUGGCACAGGGGAUGAUUUGUUAGGUUCGUACAAAUCUGGCCAAAAGUUUUGCAUCGCUUCGAAUUUUAGGAUUGAGACAAUUUGAGAAAAAAAAAAAAAAACUCUAUGAACAUCAUGUAAUCGAAAGGAAGUACAGAGUGAUAUGGCUAGUCUACCAAAAGCCAUCAUAGUAGUACAGCAUUUCAUGUUCGAUUUGUAAAUCUCACAUUCGUUAAGUAUAUAGAAAACUACAAAGCGGCGUGCAAUUCAAAAAGUUAACGUGCCGUUAUUCAGCAGGUUUCAUUCGACUUUAUGAAGCGAAAUUUGUUAAUACUAUAGGGUGAUGCAAAAAUUUUGUCCAUAGCUGUAGUAUGAAGCAUUGCAGUGUGAACAAUAUUAUUAUUAAUGUUUUGCGCAUUAUAGCACCACCUGUCUUUGGCUAUACAGUACAAACUAUAAAUCCUUGUCAUUUUUGCUUCAUGGAACAUCGGAAUUGUAUCUUGGAUCUGAGGAACACCUUUUCCAAAACUACACGUGAUACAAUUACUGAAAUUAAACACAUGCUCUUUACCUA